CCCAAUCACGUCACGCGAGACGGCACAGAGAAGAAAAAAAAGAGGAGAAACACGAACAACAGUUAUCCGUGUGUGAAAUUCCCACGACAUUCUCGGCAAAUAUGUUAACCCAACCUUCAAUUACUGCAAAGGACUCCAUGAAAUCGUAAAGGAUAUGAAUUCCUCUGACCAUGGGGAAAACUCGGAUGGAGAAAAUCUUGAGCGAGAGAGAAAACCCAUUCAAGACAUCAAGUUGGAGACGGAUGACUGUGCUAUUAGUGAGACAACUGAGGGACCACGAAGAUGGUCUCUUGGAACUAGUGAGGCCAACAGCAAACGUACUGUUAUGGACAUGGGCUGUGACGCUCACAAUUCUGAAUUGGACCAGUCUACCAGCAGCAAGAGAGUCAGGGUCUCUAGUGAGGCCGGGCAACGCUUACUGAGGAGAUUGUCUGAAGAGUCCACGAGGCCUCAACCCCUUUGCCUGACAUCUGGAGACCAGGAGAAGACUAUAGCCUCUUACAGGAAGCCUCUCUACAGCAUCUCUCACAGAAUCACAGAGAAGAAGCUCACAUCAAGCCUUGACCAGCAUGCUCAGCAUGAGGGAGGAGUGCGGCUAAGCUACAGCAGCCUCUUAUCUCCUCAACUGGUCAAUACAGGGGAGCACAGCCGAAGUGAACCCCUCUCUGCCCUGGGGGCAGCAGGGUCCAUGGCUUCAACAGACUCUAAUCUAUACUCCCUCAUUGAGAAGAUGUUUUUCAUCCUCAAUACGCUCAACUCAAGCAUGACCCAACUGCACAGCAAGGUUGAUCUACUUUCCCUAGAGGUCACUCGCAUCAAGAAACAGAUCAAACCAUCUGAGCUGGCGACUGAGUUCCAUCCUCCGCCAGAAUACCUGUUGACAAGUGAGGAACUGAGUCAGCUGAUGGAACAGACAUCAAAUGCUGGCGAGUUGGGUUGUCGAUUGCUGGUACACCUCUUCCCAGAACUUCUUAAAGCCAAGGAGUGCACUCGUGGUUGCAUCGCCAACAAGAGAACGUUGGAUUCCUUACAUCUGCAGCUAAUACGCAACUAUGUGGAGGUGUGUUAUCCUCUGGUUAAGAACAACAACAUUUGGCAGGAUGAAUGCCUAUUACAGAUUAAUGACUUCUUUAACCGCUUCUGGGCCCAGAAGGAUAUGGAGAGUGGGCAACAGUCAUGUGGGAAACAGAUUAUUACAAGCUUUGGUUUCAAAGCUGAGCAGAACCAGCCCUGCCAUUUUAUAAAUGAGGAGGGACAAGAAGUGUACCUUGACUUAGAUUCCAAUGGUGACCACACCAACAACAGCAAAGUAGUGCCAGACCUUGUGUUUGACACUCAGGAGGUCCGAGAGGAUCUUGAUGAGCUUUCUUCCCCUGAAGACUUUAUGUUUCUUGUAAACCGACUUUUCCCUGAGGUUUUUGAGGAGGGGAGAUUUCCAGAAGGUAGUGUGGGAAAGAUGAUCCUGGACUCUGACAGGAUAGAAAUUAUCCGUAAAUACAUGGAAGCAAAUUUUCCUGAUGUUCCAGAGGAUAGUUGGCUGCAGGUGUGUGUGCAGCGCAUAGAAGACGCAAUAGAGGGUUCUCACAGUAACGGCAAUGGAAGCGAUCCUGAGAACAUGAACGAUGAAAGCUAUGACUCCACAAGCCUCCCUGACGAUGUCUCUAUCAUCAAGAUCAGUGACUUGUGUGACUACGAGAGACCAGGUCGUAGGUCAAAAAAGUCCUUGCUUGUGCCAGUCGAUUUUGAACAACUUGAGAUGCCCCCACCGGAUUUCAGUGUGCCUCAAGAGUAUCUGCUCUCCAGGGAGCAGCUGAGGAACAACUAUGACUGUAGCUUGUCAAUUGGGAACUUCGCCUCUCGCCUGUUGGUACUUAUGUUCCCUGAGCUCUUCACCUACGACAACGCACGGAAGCAUUACAACUGUAGUGGCUCUCUCGGGAAGAAACAGCUUGAUCCUGUGCGGGUUGACCUUAUUCGCCACUACGUACAGCUCCUAUAUCCACGGGCCAAGAAUGACAGAGUGUGGACCCUAGAAUUUGUGGGUAAACUUGACGAGCGGUGCAGGCGACGAGACACGGAACAACGGCGGUCGUACCAGCAGCAACGCAAAGUCUAUGCUCCUGAGUUGGAGCAAGAGCCUGUGGACUUUGUGGCUGCUUGCCAAGUGAACCAGCUCAACACAGAGCGCUUGAAGGACUUUGAGAUUCCUCCACUACCGCCUGAAAAAAGUAGCAAAGACUUCUGCAAGAUCCCACUGGAGAAAUUGACGGUGUCGAUCCCGGACUUCCAGGUGCCUUCGGUUUACUGGCUCUCCGACGCUGAAGUACGAGAGAUUGUCCAGCAGAGCCUUUCUGUUGGAAACUUUUCUGCCCGUCUACUGGUGCGCCUCUUCCCUGAGCUCUUCACUCAGGAGAACCUGCGACUUCAGUAUAACCACUCAGGCGCCUGCAAUAAGAAGCAGCUGGAUCCUGUGCGUCUCAGGCUCAUCCGCCACUAUGUAGAGGCCGUGUACCCAGUUGAGAAGAUGGAGGAGGUCUGGCAUUAUGAAUGCGUGCCAAGCAUAGAUGAGCGGUGCCGGCGGCCCAACCGUAAGAAGUGUGACAUACUGAAGAAGGCCAAGAGAUCAAAUACUGUGUCCUAGUCAAAGCUGAAAGCAACACUUAAUUUUUUAAUUCUAAAUAUUUACGCAAGUACAUAAGCUGAAUAGCAUAGUGAAGCCUUUGCACACAGUCCUGUGUAGGAUAAGGCCAAUCUUAAAGGCUUUUCAUUAGUACUUAAUGGAUGUAUUUGUAAUAUUGAACUACAGCAUUAGUCGUUUUUCAUAGAGGAUAUCAUGAUGAUAGACUGUUUCCAUGUACAAAAACAAUACUGUAAUAGCUCAUCUAACUUACCCUGUAGAUAAUCUGUUGUAGCCUUAAAAACAAUAAACAUGUAUAUAGUACAAAGACAGUAGAUCAGUCAAAUAUGGAUAGAAAUUGUGAUAUUAUUUUGUUCCAUCGCACAUGUUGUAGCAGUAUGGCUCCACUGGUCUUUUAUAAAAUGUUAUGUUAUACCUUCUUAUAGAAGUUUGUACUAUAAAUCUGUAUUAAACUAUAGCAACAGGUCAUGUUAACCCAUUUGUAAUAAAAUCUGUUGAAUUUAGCAUUUCACUUUAUUAGCAUUUAGCUAAUUAAAUACUUAUCCCACACAUUUUCUUUGCAUCUGAUUCAAGCCAUGACUAUCCAUUGCUUAAUUAUGUAGAAUGACUUGGAGACUGUUCAUUCAAAAUUGUGUCAAGGCCAUUUGAAACCAGAUAAGCCAUUGAUGACACAUACAGUUGAAGUCGGAAGUUUACAUACACUUAGGUUGAGCCAUUAAACCUCAUCAUGGGAAAAUCAAAAGAAAUCAGCCAAGACCUCAAGAAAAAAAAUCUAAAAAGUCUGGUUCAUCUAUGGGAACAAUUUCCAAAUGCAUGAAGAUACCACAUUCAUCUGUACAAACAAUAGCACGCAAGUAUAAACACCGUGGGACCACGCAGCCGUCAUAACGUUCAGACACAGUCUCCUAGAGAUGAACGUACAUUGGUGUGAAAACUACAAAUCAAUCCCAGAACAGCAAAGAACCUUGUGAAGAUGCUGGAGGAAACAGGUACAAAAGUAUCUAUAUCCACAGUAAAACGAGUCCUAUAUUGACAUAACCUGAAAGGCCGCUCAGCAAGGAAGAAGCCACUGCUCCAAAACCACCAUAAAUAGUCAGACUACGGUUUGCAACUGUGCAUGGGGACAAAGGUCGUACUUUCUGGAGAAAUGUCCUCUGGUCUGAUGAAACAAAAAUACAACUGUUUGGCCAUAAUGACCAUCGUUAUGUUUGGCGGAAAAGGGGAGGCUUGCAAGCCGAAGAACACCAUCCCAACCGUGAAGCACGGGGGUGGCAGCAUCAUGUUGUGAGGGUGCUUUGCUGCAGGAGGGACUGGUGCACUACACAAAAUAGAUGGUCUCAUGAAGAAGGAAAUUAUGUGGAUAUAUUGAAGCAACAUCUCAAGACAGCAGUCAGGAAGUUAAGCCAUUUUGCCACAACUUUGGAAGUAUCCUUGUGGUCAUUGUCCAUUUGGAAGACCCAUUUGUAACCAAGCUUUAAGAGCAAAAAAGUCAAGGUAUUGGAGUGGCCAUCACAAAGCCCUGAUCUCAAUCAACUGAAAAAGCAUGUGUGAUUAAGGCCAACAAACCUGACUCAGUUACACCAGCUCUGGUCAGGAGGAAUGGGCCAAAAUUCACCCAACUUAUUGUGGGAAGCUUGUGGAAGGCUACCCGAAACGUUUGACCCAAGUUAAACCAUUUUAAAGGCAAUGCUACUAAAUACUAAUUGAGUGUAUGUAAACUUCUGAUCCACUGGGAAUGUGAUAAAAUAAAUAAAAGCCGAAUUAAAUGUCAGGAAUUGUGAAAAACUGAGUUUAAAUGUAUUUGGCUAAGGUGUAUAUAAACUUCCAACUUCAACUGUACCAAGAGGGCUACUGUAAAAACUGAACCAUUCACUUUGAUGUAACAUCAUGCAAAAUGUAGAUAUUAAAAUUCCCUUGUCAAUG